UUCUUAACGCGCGCUUUUUCUGCGCACAGCACCUUUAUGUGUUCCAAGCUAGGUGCUAAAGUAGGGUUUGCCCUCUCUCUGCUGCUUCACAAUAGACCGGGUACAGGGCUGCUGUUAAGGGCUCAAAAACGCAGUUUUUUUUCACCCACACGGGAAGUAUCGCCGGCCAGAGAUAUCGUGUUGCUAAGCUCCAAACUGUGCCAUGGGCAAAAAGUCUCGCGACGAGGCAUCAUCAUCCUCUGAUGAGGAAGAAUAUGUUGUGGAGAAAGUACUGGACAGGAGGGUGGUGAAAGGCAGGGUGGAGUUCUUCCUGAAAUGGAAAGGAUACUCGGACAAGCACAACACAUGGGAGCCAGAGAAGAAUCUGGACUGUCCUGAGUUAAUAUCAGAGUUCAUGAAGACCUACAAGAAAGGCAGUAGUGGGAGUGCCACACCAAGCACUGGGGCCAGCAAAUCCACCACUGGGCCCUCUGGGCGCACUAAAGAAUCCAGCAGCUCCAAGAAGAGGAGCUCAGAUGAUGAUGAUGAUGAAGAGGGCAGCAGCAAGCCCAAGAAGAAGAAAGAGGAUGAAAUCCUCGUUGCACGUGGCUUUGAGAGGGGGCUCGAGCCAGAGAAGAUCAUUGGAGCGACUGACUCAUGUGGAGACUUGAUGUUUCUCAUGAAGUGGAAAGAUUCCGACGAGGCCGAUCUCGUGCUCGCCAAGGAGGCCAAUCAUAAGUGCCCACAGAUCGUCAUAGCCUUUUAUGAGGAGCGUCUCACCUGGCACGAAGACGGCGACAAGAAGGAGAAGGAUGCCGUCAGCGCGUGAGUGCUUCGCCUCAAGAGAAAAAGCUCCACUGCAGGGACAACCUUGAGUCAGACUUUUUUUUUUUUCCACACCUGAAAGCCCCCCAUCUUUUACCUGUAUCAUGUCCAGCGAUGAUGCAAAGAUGGCAGACACGGUUGUUGUUUCCUCCAUCCAUGCCCCCAUCUGAGCACAAUGGCCCCAGACUGCUGAGGAGGGGGUCCAUCAAAAAAGAAGCUGUAGUGGCUGUGGGUGAUAUGCUACUGGGGAAAGAUUCUACUGUUUUUGUCUUUAUAUUGAUGAACCUUUUUUAUCUUAGCAUAUGUUUUUAGAACUAAAAGGAUGCGAUUAUAGCAGUAAAGAAUGCACAAACAUAAGUCUAGGAAACAGAAUGAAAGCAUUUUGAAAAAUUUGUCCUGAUACACACGGUGCAAACUGUAUUACCUGUUAACUCCCAUCCUAAACGUGAAUCAUUACUGGUUAACGUGCCCUGUACUAAAACCAACACAGCUUAGAUAUUUGUGAAGCUAGGACUGCAGUAUUCUUGACUGCAUAAUCGCUUCCCUUUUAAGAAGUGGUUUUAAUCAUGUAGUUUUUUUUUUUUUCACUGUCAUGUCUACCAAAAUAUGACUUCUAAGUUUUAAACAACUGUCCUCACUGCAUAGUGACUUUAUUUUUGUUUUUUUUUCUUAUAUUUCUAGUUAUCCUGAUAUGAUUUUAUUUCAUCACACUAUUAUCUGAUAAAAUACAAUAAAACAUUUUACUCAGCUUUGUUUUUAUGCUUAAUUUGUCCCUGCUGAAGUCUCAAGUUAUUCAGAAAAUGUUUACUGGGUGGACAAUCUUGAUCACAUCUACAUGAUUGGAAACUGAAUUUACGGACAUUAUUGGAGCUUGCCACCUAGUGGCAACUAAAGGUAAACAAUUCUGACAUAUGGUCCCUGAAAGUUUUUAUUUGUGUGGUGAAGCAUUACAAAUUGGGGAAAAAAAUCUGGAUGUUGGUUGAAGUAUGUCUUUGAUUUUAACGGCUUAUAAUUGGACAAGUCAGAUAAUUUCAUAUUUGAAACUUUGAACAGUUUAAAUGUAUUGGGUGCUAAAAACCAGCAGUUUGAUUUAAAUUUUUUUGCAUAUGACUGAUGCUGUUUGGUUUCCUGGUAAAGUUUGCUUCAUUGUGCUCCAGCAUGGACGUUUUGGACCAAAUAUUCAGCUUAUUCCAACAUCAUCCUUGUGAGGGAGGGAUUUCAAUAUUCCCUUGUUUAUACAUAGUUUUUUUUUUAUAUAUCUUUUGAUCACUAAUGCUUUGUCAUAUUUACCACUUUUUUAAAAAGUAGACAAUUUCUUGUGUGAAAUAAAAGUUACGUGUAUAGUAGCCCCCUUUAAUAAACAUUUUCAGUGUUGAA